AUGGCCCGUAUCAAGUUUACUGUGCCUGCAUCGGCUGUUCAGGUACAGUCCGCCCGAGUUCUUCACGAUAAGCAGAGCUCGACUGCUACCCGGAAGAAGACACAGACUGAAGUUGAGAAUCCGACCAAGUCGGCCGUAUCCGAGGGCUUGUCUCUGAAGCAGCAACAAAGUUUAGAGAUGGUACAAAUUAUGCUACAUGUAUCGUUUGGGACAUUAUUUUAUCUUCGGGAGUUCUUACCACUUCCCUGCUUCGACGACCGAGACCUGAAAGAGGCCCAACGAGAACGCAGAUAUUCAUACCGAGAAUUCCUCGACCCUAAACCACGUCAUGAAACUAAUGGAGGCGACCCAGAUAUCGCAUUCGGUAAUGGAAAGAGAGGCCAGCCACUCAAGGUGAUGAUACGCGGCACGGAUCCUAAGGCAGACAUGAUACUCGAUGUUCUGGAGAAUGGCAUCUUCGACGCUUUGCGCAAAAAUAUCCUUGAAGCUAUCCAAUUGACCAUUCUUGUCGACAAGGAUGCGCCGCAAAAUGUCCUGGAGUCGUAUACAUUUUCAUUCAAAUAUGCGAAAGGAUCAAGAAAUGUGGACCAUUGCUUAGAGAGCUUGUCGAUAGACCCUGUGGGUUACGUGGCUGAUAUGAGAUCGGCACAAUCAGCCAGGGUAGGGCUGGAAACGAUAGUCAGGCGUUUGAUAACACUCAGCACCUUUCUACCUAUUCUGCCUAAUAAACGCAACUUGGGAGUGAACUUGUUCUACACGGAAGACUGCCCUUCUGAUUAUGAGCCUCCGGGCUUUACUAUGGCAAACAAUGACACGAUAAGGUAUCCACUUAAUGAGAACUGGAGAAAAGAGACUCAGUCAUGUGGGACGAUGAACAGUGGAUGGCAUACUGUUGGACUUAGGGUCACAUCUCUUAAAUGGACGGGGCCAGACCCUGAGGGGUCGGAAACACUACCCACAGUACCUUCACAGAUCGAGUACACUGAUGAGGUUUCAAGAGCAGACGAUAUUGGAUUUGCCGAAGAGCCGAGUGAUUUGCGCCGCAUUGAAGCAGGAAAUGGCGUUGACUCAGAUGAUCAUCUGGCUUUGGACCGGUCAUUAACGUACCAUGACGAUAGUAGCUUUCAAGAAACAACGCAAGACAUUGCCGACAGGCGAAAGCUACAAAAUAUGAUGCAAACCCAGGCAUCUUCCUCUUACUCUGAUAGUGACCUCAUACCAACACAGCCCAUCAACCCUGAUGUCGCAAUCGAGGAUGAAUACGAUUCUACAACACAAUUGGACUCAAAGUGGUUUCUCCCGGAGGAACGAAUUACAAAAAUCAGAGAACACCUACGUUUGCAAAAGCAGACGCUCGAUCUACCUCGUUCUGAGAGCCAAUCUCAAGGCCUGGUCAGAUGUCAGUGUGGGUGGAACGGCGAGGAAACAGAGAUGUUAAAAUGUGUCUUCUGUGGCACGCGUCAGCACCUCCUGUGCUAUGGUUUCGAUGGCCCGAAUGACCCGAAAAUCCCUGACGUUCAUGCAUGUUAUAAGUGCUUGCUGGGGCCAAAUGAUACCCAGCUGCUCCAGGAAAUGAACAGCCUCGUACUCCUAAGACGAGCUCUAAGGAUCAUUUUAGAUGAGGGAUUUCCGAAUAAGAUCUCAGAAUUUACACAAAAGCUUCACUGUAACGGGCAAACCAUCAUCCAAAUAACCGACAUUCUGAAGAAGAAGGGGUUCGUUCAACCCACACCAGGCUAUAAACUCAAGGGAUUUGCCCGACGGGGGUUGCCAAAGUAUAGCGUCCCACAAUCAGAGAAUGUCCGUCAAAGGUUAAAGAGGGAAAUAUUUCACCCCAUGGUGAAAAUUAAACACCUUUACGCCCUGACUAGUCCGGAUGGUCCGAAUAACCUGGAUCCAAAUUCCAUCAGCCAAGAGCUUGACCCCCUUGAUGCUUCUACUAUAGCUGGGAACACGCCAUUUGAUGGGCUCGGACAGAAGACACAUAAUUCCACCGGAGGCCUGCAGGAUCUGCCGGUAAAGAGGCCGGAUCACAAGAGAAAGCCGUUACCGGAUAGUGAUAAAAAUGAGAGCUAUGAAUCCGACGACCUUGAUAAGAAUGACCGGGCUGCAGAGGAGCAACUGCAUAACAGCUUCCUCACUGAUGAGAGCAUGAGCUCAAAAGCUAGGGUACCGAGCCAGCGGACAUCUGACAGUCAGGGACCUCGACGUAGUGGCAGGAAAAGGCGUAAGAUAAGCAACUACUCUAAGCUUAUCGAUGUUGGGGCCGAGACGAGCGACCAUGAGAGCAUCUAG